AUGGCCAACCCUGCUCUCGAUUCGCAGCCUGACUUCGUCGCUAUGGCUGAUGCUGCUCUCGGUCCGCAGCCUGAGUUCGCCGUCAUGGCGGCCGGUUGCGAGGAGACGGCCAACACUUUCACCAACAUGGCGGCACAAAUUCGAAACUGCCAGAAUUUGCCGAUUCUGCAACGCCACAACGAGAUCGCGACUACGUUCCAGGGCAUUUUCGAACUACUGAAUCGCAUCGAGGAGCGGCUCGGGCGCGUUGAGGAGCGGGUGGAGCGCGUUGAGGAGCGGGUGGACCGCGUUGAGGAGCGGGUGGACCGCGUUGAGAAGCGGGUGGAGGACGUUGAGGAGUGGGUGGAGGGUGUUGAGAAGUGGGUGGAGCGUGGGUUCCGUCGUGUUGAGGUGCACCAGCUGAAUAACCAAGCGCGCCUUGAGAACAGCCACGUUAUCGCCAGCAACAUCCCUGAGGACCUCAUACCGCUCUAUUCGUUAACUGCGGCCGAUGCCCAACCACAAGUUAUCCUAGACUUCCCCUCCCGCAUUGACGACAUUAGCCAGAUGGACGGCGGACGAGUUAACGAGUUGCUCUGUCAUUUGGAGCAGAGUACUAGCGGCGACCUAGCCCAGCGCAGGACGAGGCUCAAGAGGGCGGUGGGGGGGUUUAUUCGCUACGAUAGCUCGGUUGUGAGGGUCUAAGCUCUGCGGCAUACUUACUGGCGUUUGGGGCGAGGUAUUGUUUGUUAGCACUAGCAUUGGGCUAGAGUUAGGGAUUUGCAUGCGGUGGCUACGGAAGCCGACUGGCGAAAGAGGGGCCUCUUUAGGUAAUUCACUCCAAUAGCAUUGGGUACGGACCACAUGGUCUAUGCAAACCUUUGGCGCCUGCACAGAUAUCAUCGUGAGACGAGCAGUCUGGAUUUGGAUAGAUGUUGGCACAGAUUGUGUUGGCGGAAGCCGCCAUACGGCACCUGGCAGGAGGACUGGAAUGUAUUGUUUACUGUUGAGGAUCACGUGUUGAUCACGUGAUCGCGCUAGCCUAGUAGCCGGAGC